AUGCCAGGGGGAACAGGUGAUGCCAGGGGAGACCAGGAGAUGCCGGGUGAUGCUGGGGGGAACCAGCAAUUCCAGGGGGAACAGCUGAUGCCAGGGGGAACAGGUGAUGCCUGGGGAGACCAGGAGACGCUGAGCGAUGCUGGGGGAAACAGGCAAUGCCAGUCUGUGCUAGGAGCUGUGGCCCAGAGGGACAAGCCAGCAGUGAGGAUUCAGCCACAGCCCCCCUACCAGCCGGGUGGAGAGCUGCAGCUGCAGUGUGACGUCCCAGCAGAUCCUGGCCCCCUGGAAUUUCUGUGGACAAAGGAAGGCAGCGAUGUCCCCCUGCAGAUAAACCCCAACCACAUCCUCACCCUCCCCCCCGUCAGCAAGAAUGAAACCAGCACCUACAACUGUACGGCCACCAGUGGCUGGGGCAGCUCCGUGGCCAAGUACGGCCUGGAGAUGAUCAACCUCUUCCAUAAGGUGUUUGUUUUCCCAAGAGCAUCCAAUGACUCCUAUGUAAUCCUGAAGCCGAAGUCAGAGCAAUCACUCCAGAGUUUUACCAUGUGUCUGAGAUCCUACACUGACCUGCCCCGACCGUACGCUCUCUUCUCCUAUGCCACCAAGGCCCAUGACAACGAAAUCCUGCUCUUCAAAUCCAGCUCCGGGAAGUACAGACUAUAUGUGUGGGGGGGGGGGGGGGAAUUUGUGACCUUCAGAGUCCCAGAGACCCGUAUGGACUGGGAGCACAUCUGUGCCGGCUGGGACUCCACCACCGGCAUAGCCGAGUUCUGGGUGAACGGGAAACCCUUACCCAGGAAGGGCCUGUGGAAAGGCUACUCUGUCAGUGCCGAGGCUGUGAUCAUCCUGGGGCAGGAGCCGGACUCCUUCAGGGGCGGGUUUGAACUCCCAGAGUCAUUUGUAGGGGAAAUCACAGAUGUGUACAUAUGGGACCAUGUCCUCUAUAACAUGGAGUCUAUAAUGAGGGGUGGGUACUUUUGCCGCUACAUCUUUGGCUGGAAUAAUUUGCACUAUGAAUUAGUAGGUGACGUGUUGCUGAAACCCAGGCUGCAAUUCUGUGAACACGGGUUGCAUUCAUUAGCGGUGUAG